CACCCCUCAUUUUAUAAAAAAAAAAAAAAAAAAAAGCCUUGAUACCACCCAUAUUUUCUUCAUGGAAGUCUAUAAAUAGGCCUAAGACAUGGGAUUCAAAUUCACAAAUCCACCAAGUACCCAACUAGCUACUAGCUUCCCUCUACCAAAAGAAAUGGAAACAAAAGUAUUUCAGCUUUUCUUAUGCAUUUUCCUCGUCUCAUUACCCCUUCCUCUCCCCUCUAAUGCAAGGCCAUCAAAAUCCAAGGCUGAAAACCCAACAUCCUUCGACUUCAUUAAGCAUUUGGAAGGAGGCCACAAAGGCGAGACCGUAAAAGGCCUCCAACAACUCAAGAAAUAUCUUGAGGCAUUUGGUUAUCUAAACUACUCCCCUAACCAAGCCCAUGCCAACGACGACGAUUUCGACGAUUCGUUGGAGGCUGCAGUCAAAACAUACCAGCUCAAUUACCAUCUCAAGACAACCGGAGCUUUAGAUGCCCAAACCGUGUCCCAAAUGACGGCCCCUCGAUGUGGGGUCCCUGACAUCGUUAACGGCACCAACUGGAUGCGAGGAGGCAAAAAGGAGGCCAAUCACACACACAGCACCAUCCACACUGUCUCUCAUUUCACUUUCUUUCCUGGUAACUUGAAAUGGCCCCCAACUCGGUACCAGCUCACUUACGCGUUUGCUCCCCAAACCAGCUCUAAUGCCAUAUCCGCUGUGGCCAGAGCAUUCAACACAUGGGCUUCCCAAACACAAUUUAGAUUCUCUCGGAGUCAAAACUUCGCGAGUGCGGAUCUUAAAAUCGGGUUCUAUCGUGGUGAACAUGGGGACGGGGCACCAUUCAAUGGGGCUAAUGGGGUCUUAGCCCAUGCUUUUGCCCCAACUGACGGGAGGUUUCACUACAACGGGGACUAUUCGUUUACCGUGAACCCGGUCGCGGGUUCUUAUCAUCUGGAGACUGUGGCCUUGCAUGAAAUUGGGCACCUUCUUGGACUUGGACAUAGCCGUGUCCAAGAUGCUGUCAUGUUCCCUAGCAUUCCUGAUGCAACAAUCAAAGGUUUGAAUGCAGAUGAUAUACAAGGAAUUAGAACUUUAUACGCGUGAAAUUAAGAAUACUUUGGCCAAUAAUACAGUGAUCUAUGGACGUACGCCAUAUAUGGAAGUAACUGAAUUAGAGUCAUCCCCAAAAUAAAGUAAAAAAGUAAAAGGGGGUAUUUCUUGCUUGUGUUUUUCCUUUUCCUCCCCUACACUGGAGUACCAUAGUGUUCCAGUUAAAAUGUAUCAGUGUUUAAUCAAAGAGUAAUACAGAGUCCUUAUCUUA